UUAGGCUUAUAAUGGCGACUAAAACUGAAKUUGAGAAUGAAAAAAUUGAAAACCCACAUGACAAUCAAGAUUUUAAUACAGUUUGUACAAAUUUGCAGUAUUGUGAUGAACAAAUUAAUCUACACUCAAGAAAACGAUGCGUCAGCACAUCAAUUCUUAUAAGCUCAUCGCCAAAGAAAAAAAAAAAAGAAGGUCAAAAUAUAAUACCACCUAAAAAGUUUUUGCUCGGUGGUAGCAUGUCUGAUCCUCUCAAUUUAAAUAGUCUUCAGAAUGAAGAUAUUAAUAAGGCAAUGAAUAAAACUCCGAAAUCAUCUCCAUUACACUCAAAUACAGAGAACAUUAAAAAAGAUCAAGUAAAUGUUUUAAUUCCUCGGAAUUUAUCUGAUCCAUUGGAACUUAGUAAAUGUGUUAAAGCCACAGCUAUUGAAUGUUCUGGCAUAGAUUCAUUAAAACCGAAAACUCCUCAAAAAUGUAAAUCUUUAAUACCACUGUCAAAAUCUGAUACUGGUUUAAUUACUGAGAACACCACAGAAAAAGAUCAUAAACCAGCAUGUAAUAAUGAAAUGAAAAGACAAKUAGAAGAAGACAUUACUUCUUCGCCACCUAAUAAAAAAUUAAAAACUGAAUUACCUGAAACCUGUAUGUCCAAGUCCRARAAUAAUAAAGUAUCAUGUGAAAUAAUUGAAGUCAUAGAAACUAUCAUAGAUAUAUUAGUGCAAGAAGUUCUAGUUCAGUCAUUAGAUGAAUAUAAUAUUCCAAUUCCAAAAGAUCCUGUUGAAGUGGUUGUUGAAAAGAUACCCGAGCCAUGCAAAACACUGUCACCAUYGCCUGAAAAAAAAGUUGAAGACGGUAAGAAAACACAAGAGCAGCGCGAAAAAGUUAAGUCCAAAAGAUGUGUAGUAAGUCCGGUUGUUAUGCAGCCCUCAUUGUCGGAGAAACACAACRUACAUCAGCAGGUCGUUGUUAUGACAGCUAAACCAAAACAAAAGGUUAAUAAAAAGUUCAAAGAAAAAAAUGCAUUGUUUAAAUAUGGAAAUUAUACGAGAUAUUAUGGUUAUCGUAAUCCAGAUGAUGAAGACAAUAGAUUGAAAGUAUUAGCUGAACGUAUGAAUUUAUUUCUUGACAAGGACGUGUUGGACAUUGGCUGUAAUAUUGGUCAUAUUACUUUCAGCGUUGCUAGAGAUUUUGGUGCAAAGUCAGUUGUAGGAAUGGAUAUUGACCGUAAAUUAAUAAAUAUUGCACGCAAAAAUGUACAGUAUUACAUUAACGAUUCAGCUCCAUCUUCUUCCUCACACCCGACAUCAAACCAUCACUUUAAAGAUUCUGCUUUAAGUAAUAGUAAUGAUCUAAACUGUGAUAAUUUAAACAAAUCAUUACCUAUGCAGUAUCGUCCUAUUAAAUCAGUUGGUUUGACAUUAUCCGAAAGGUUUCCCCACAAUGUCUCUUUUGUGCAGGGAAACUAUGUUUUAGAAUCCGAUAUUUUACUUUCAUUGGAAACGUGUAAGUUCGACAUUAUUCUUUGUUUAAGCAUUACCAAAUGGCUUCACUUGAACUGGGGUGAUGACGGUUUGAAACGUGCAUUUAAACGUAUGUUUGCACAGUUGCGACCUGGUGGGACACUUGURGUAGAACCUCAGCCAUGGAAAUCUUACAGUCGUAGGAAAACAUUGACGGAAACCAUUAGUCAAAAUUACAAAAACAUUCUACUGAAACCUCCAAUGUUUACUGACUAUCUGUUGAACGAAGUUGGUUUUUCCAACUGUGAAACGCUUUCAAUGCCUCAUAAUCCAUCUAAAGGGUUUCAGCGUCCACUUAAGUUGUAUAAAAAACCUAACAUAUCAGUGACUAGCAAGGGCUAAGAAUUGAAUCUUAGUCCGUGGUUACUAGAAACAAACUAAUUUGUAUAAUAUUUCAACUCAGUAAAACCUAAAAAUCAUAAAUAUAGUAUUGAAAUACUCAUGUAAUUUUUUAAUGAAUGAAGUCUUAAAUAUUUAURUUAAUGUUUGUAGCUUUGUAAUUAGCAAUUGGAUCAUGAGUAUAUUAUAUUAUAUACCAUAUUUACAUAUUAUUAUAUAAAUUGUUGUUUAUUUUUUUUUAAUUGGCGUUAUAUUUAUGAAUCUUUCAG